AUGGAGGUGCUACGAACCGCCCCGGAAGCAUCGACUUUCGUCCCCAUCGCAGAGCACCAAUCGCGAACACCCAGCUCAUUCCAUGACGGGCCCGCGGUGCUUCACUACCAGAGCCAGCGCUGCAAAGUUGUGAUCCUCGAGCGCGAUCUCGUCGCCAACCCCGCUCUUAACGCACUGCGUGGUGCAAACGCCGCGAACGGGUCUGUAGAGGACGAGGAGAAAGAGGUCUCUAUCGAAGAUGUCCAGACAUGGAAAAUUCCUCUUUUUUCUCCAGCCGCCUCCGCCGGUGUCUCGAUCCCUUAUCCUUCCAUCUCCUUGCACGCUAUUCAGCGCCUGCGCGUACCAGGCACCGACGCCGAAGUCCAAGGACUCUACAUGCAGAUCGCGACACCGUCCGCACCCGCCGAAGAUGACGAGGAGCAGUGCAUCACGCUGACCGUGGUACCGCCCGCCACAGAGAGCACAACGGACGAGGAGCCGGAGGAGACGCCUACGCAAAUGCUGUACAAUGCCGUGUCGGCCUGCUCGAACCUGCACCCGGAUCCCGUGGAGCCCGGUGAUGAGGACGAGGACGAAUCCAAGUUCCUCUCAACCGAGGAACAUGGACAAGCUUUGUUCCAGCUUGGACGGGAUGCGCUGGACUCGAGUAAUGGAGAUCUACCGCCGCCCGUUGAGGGUAGCUCUGGGUGGAUUACGGCAGACAAUAUGCAUGAGUUCUUUGAUGAGGAUGGGAAUUGGAUUGCGCAGGGUGAGCCGCCUGCUUUCCCGCUUGGCCCUGGUGCCGGGACUGUGAGGGAGAGAGAGAAUGGGGAGGAGAAUGGCGAGGAAGAGAGCGAUGAGACGAAGUGGCGGAGAACUGAGUAG